AUGGCGGAUCCGAAAGAGAUUACCAACAAAAAGCUUCAAGGCAAGGUCGCGAUCGUCACCGGCGGCGCCAGCGGCAUCGGCGAAGGCACCGCGCGCAAAUUCGCCUUGCACGGGGUGCGGGCUGUCGUGAUCGCGGACGUCCAGGACGAGAAAGGCCAAAACGUCGCCGCAUCGAUCGGUUCCGACCGCUCCAUCUACAUCCAUUGCGACGUGACCGACGAGGACCAGGUCAAGAGCUUGAUCGAAUCGACGGUCAGGAUUUACGGCCGCCUCGACAUCAUGUUCAGCAACGCUGGCGUCGGCAGCGCCGGCGAGCAGACCGUUUUGGAGCUGGACCUGGCCAUGUACGACAGGGUCAUGGCGGUCAACGCCCGCGGAAUGGCGGCGAGUGUGAAGCACGCGGCGAGGGCGAUGGUGGAGGGGGGCGUGAGGGGGAGCAUCGUGUGCACGGCGAGCAUGACGGCGAGCAUGGGGUCGGCGAAGUUCGCGGACUACACAAUGUCGAAGCACGCCGUUUUGGGGCUGAUGAGGUCGGCGAGUGUGCAGUUGGGCGCGUACGGGAUACGCGUCAACUGCGUGUCCCCAGGGAGCGUGACGACGCCGCUGCUGCGGUCGAGUUUUAAGGCGGGUGCGGUGGCGGAGGAGGAGGAUGUGGGGAGGUUGGUGGAGUCAAGUUUGAGGUUGAAAGUAGGGAAGACGAUCUCUGUGGAGAAUAUAGCUGACGGCGUCGUCUUUUUGGCUUCUGACGACUCUGAAUUUGUCACCGGCCAUAAUUUGGUUGUGGAUGGUGGGUUUAUUAGUAGGAUAAGCUGA